AGCAACGGCUCUUCAUGAGGACAGUGACAUGUCUAAGGAUAUUGCUAAGUGGAUCAAGCAAGGAACUGAAACUGAUGGUUUGAAGAAGAGAGCCGAGGAUGUUGCUUCUAUCCUUGCUGAUACUGCAUCCACCGCGGAUGUAUCUAGUUAUUUUGCCAAUCUUGUUUCUUUAGUAAACACCACCACGCAAACGCAAACGCAAACGCUUCAAGAGAGAAGUAAUAUCGUGUGUCAUCCCGCCCAUCAGGCACCUAAACAAGCAUGCAGACAACUGCUUCAGGCCAUUGCCAAUGACCACACUAUUAAAGACAUGCGACACCAAGCAGUCGGAUAUAACGGUUGCUACGUCAGUUACAGUCCUGCAGCUCCUGUUUUUCUUGACCAGCUUCACGAUCCCGCACAACAAUGUAUCGACACAUGCUCUGGUGAUUAUGUCAGCUGCAGAAAUAUCGGUCUUACAAUGGUUCGAGACUGGACUAUUACUGAAUGUCUUUCUAACCGUCCUGACGGAUGCCGCUAAUUGUUUCAUAGUUUUCAACUUUAGUGGUUAAAUGAACGACUAUUAUUGUACGUAUUGUUAAAUGCGCUGUUUUCAUUCUCAACCUUAAUAAUUUUUGUUUGUUCAAUGGAUAUACUCCAUAUGCGUAUGUGAGUAAUUUGAAAUGCAAAUGUUCUUCCGAUGUUCUUCAGAAAAGAAAGGAAUAUACAGAACUGUUGUCUGAAAGCAAUAAGGCACUACAUUCUAUAGCAAGAAACUAGAAGCGAAACCCCACACCGCAAUUCAUGUCUCUCGGUGCGAAGUUAGAUUUCCUUCUAUGACAUGUCGUACAUUAAGCACCCGAUAAUGCGUACCACAGAAACAAGGUAACCCCAAGCCCUUUCAACUAUAACGUAUAUAAAGGAUACAUUCAUAAUAUUCGUCAUCAAGUGAACCAAGAAGUACUCUUCUUUUAAUCAAGGGAAUAAUAAUAACUUUUGAAACGACUGCGUAUGACACCUAAAUGCC